AAUUAGCAAAUCUACCUUAGAUGUAACCUAUGGCCAAAUUGUACAACAUAACCUAGAAAUCAUCUGUCAUCUUUAGAGGAAUUUAAUUUUUCACUUAGUUGUGAAAUGUCAUGAAAUUUAUUUACGUUAUUUAUGUAAUUGCGCAUACAUCUUGAAUUUCUCUCCAUCAAAUAAUUCUCGAAGAAAAACAUUGAUUAUAUCAACACGUUAUUUAUUGGUACUUAUUCUUUAAUGAAUCUGCCGAGACAUCUUAAUCAUCGUACACAAAAGAAAUUAAUAAGAAUACAAGAAAAGUCUUUGGAAAUGAAAUAAUUUAGUUGUGUUAGCAACUUUCAAAAAAAAAUUUGUACAGGACCAUAUCUAUACUCAGUCACACCAAAUGUGCAACUUUUAACAAUAGUUGAAGUAGAUAACACUCCAACAAUGAAUAUGACAAAGAAGAUAAACGUCAACUUUUCAUCUCUAGUAGGCCUGAAAGCAGAGCUGUUGAGAAAGCAAGCUGAAGUAAAUGAGGCCAAGUUGAAGACCGAGUCUAUUAAUGUGCCACUAAGUAAGAAAAAGAGCAAGAAGAUUGUUACAAAUGAUGCAGACAAAAAUGCCAAGAGAUCAGUGGACUCUGAGGACAUUGUAGCUCACAAAAAGUCAAAAUUAAUGUUGGAAGCCAAAGCAAGAUUGUAUGAAAGAUUAAAGAAAUCAAAAAAUAAUAAUGAUAAAUUUCUUGUUGAUUUUGAAAACAAAUUGGAUGAACCUGACGAAGAAUUUGCAGAUGAAACAAUCAAUGAAGAAUAUCCUUUAGAGCCAGAGGAAAAUUGGGUGGAAUAUCAGGAUUGUUUUGGCCGUACGAGGAAAUGUUUGCGAGAGGAUCUGCCAUACAUGCAAAAGAAAGAUGAUUUGAUAAAAGAAGAAAUAAUGAAAAAACAUAUUGGUGAAGAAAAAGAAGAAAAUAGAGAACAGUACCCUAUUCAAGAAAAAGAACCUGAGAUAGAAGUCAUGAGAAGAAAAUGGGAGGAACAAACACGAAAGCUCGCGGACAAAGUUGAUAUACAUUAUCAAGACAUAUUAUUUGAUGAAGCACGAACACACGGUGUUGGUUAUUAUACGUUUUCUCAAGACGAGGAUGAGAGAAUAAAGCAGCAAGAAAAUCUGACAAAUUUGAGGAAAGAGACUGAGAGGAAACAGAGAGAAAUGAAGGAGAUCAAGGAACUGAAAGAGAAAAUGGAGCAAAAUAGAUUGAAGGCAGCGAGAAUCAGACAGCGAAUCAGAGCAGGCUUGCCAGCAGAACCUACGGAGGAGGAGUUAGCUCAAGAAGUCAAGUCAAUUAAUUCGACUGAUAAUAUUAAUAUCUCUGAGAAAGAUCAGUCUGUUGAAAAGGACAAAGAAAAGUCAAACGAAGAAAGUAAUCGUGCGUCAGCAAACAUUAAUGAAUCUACUCAGGAAAAAGAGACUAGCGACGAAGAUAAGAUAAAAGCCUUUGGGGAACUUCUAGGCAAGAAGAAUCAUUGGCAUGUAAUGUCGCAAGAAGAAUGGAUAGAGAAAUGUAGAGCGCAAAGAAUUAACAAAUUUGGGCCAGUUUAUGAUAAUUUUACACGUACUGAAUUUGAUAACAGCUCUCAAAGCAUUGAUGAGCAGUUGAUUCAUACAGAAAAUAAAGAAAUGAAUUACACAGAUACUCGUGACUUCCAAAAAUCUACUCAAGAAUCUAAUAGCAAUUUACAGAAUCGUGAGGAUAACAAUUCUGUUGACGAGAUAGUUUCCAUCGCAAAAGAUCCCGAUAGCGAUAUCCAAAUUGAUAAAAAUAUUUUACCAGAACAUAAUGAAGCUAAUGAGUCUCAUGAAUUAACUAAAUGUACAACAGGGCCAACAUUAACUCCUGCUGUGACUUUACCCAAUCUACCUCAGAGACAAGCGACUAUUUCAUACCCAUUAUCUCAUCUAUCCAGUAAUUAUUCACGAAAUAUAUAUGGCAACCCUGAGAUAUAUACGCCUGAACAGCAAGAACAGAUGGAUGCCAUGAACAUUCCUCUCCCUGGUGAAAACGAUGAUCUAUCUUCAAGUUCCAGCAGCUCCAUUUCUAUGAGCAAGCAAGAAUCAAUACCACGAAGUAUAAAUGAAGACAACAUUAUGGCUGGUCUCAAAUAUUUGAGAGAAAAAUUUGAAGCAAGUCAUAGUAAAUGGACAUAAUAAUUAUUAGUAUUAUACUGAAUGUAAUUUUAUUGUAUAUAAGUAGUAAUUUAACAUAAUUUUAUGGAAAAAUAAACGCAUAAGUCUUCUCAGUUCA